AUGCGCAUAGUGAUUCCACCUACUCUUCGAUCACAUAUGCUCAGUCUAAUACACAAGUCUCACCUCGGCAUUGUGAAAUGUAAACAGCGUGCCCGCGAAGUGAUGUACUGGCCUGGAAUGAACUCCCAGAUCGAGCAGCUUGUUAAAGACUGUGAGAAGUGUGCCACGUUCCAGAACUCGCAACCACCGGAAUCCUUAAAACCAACACCAGUUCCAGACCUACCGUAUGCUGUAGUGGGGUGUGACUUAUUCGACUUUGAAUCAAAGAAGUACCUCGUGGUAGUGGACUACUUUUCUAAGUAUAUUGAUUGUAUGGAGCUACAGUCGCAGUCAUCAUUUUCUACCAUUGAAACUUUGAAAUGUAUAUUUGGAACCCAUGGAAUUCCAAAGGAGAUCCGAUCCGAUAAUGGACCACAAUUCAGUUCAUAUGAAUUCCGAAAUUUCUGCAAUGAAUUAGACAUCAAACAUGUUACGUCUAGUCCCUACUUUCAAAGCUCAAACGGCACAGCUGAGCGCGCAGUCCAAACUGUAAAGCGUCUAUGGAAAAAGUCAGUAGAUAAACAGCUUGCUCUUCUGGAUUAUAGGACAACACCACUCGAGGAAGUGAAUCUAUCUCCAUCACAACUUCUCAUGGGAAGGAGGCCACGCAAUACAUUACCUGCAGCUUCAGAGAUUCUGCGACCAAAGAGCCAAAAUCUUGGAAGUAUUAAGCAGGGUCUACAGUCAGUCAAGGACAAACAGAAAGCCAGUUUCGACAACAAAUGGAAAAACAAGGAGCUGUUGCCGCUCUAUCCAACCGACCCAGUACGAGUCAAGCCACAGCAGGGAGAGAAGGAAUGGAUUCCUGGAGUGAUUGUACGUCAUCAUGAAGCGCCGCGAUCAUAUAUGGUGCAAGUUGGAAAUCGACAGCUGCGUCGAAAUCGGAAACACCUUAGAUCCUCGACACACAAAGCAAAUGAAACGAUUGAUGACCAACCAGAUGAUGGAAAGCUUCAUGUCGAAAGUCCGCCCAAAGAAAGUUCACAAGAACCUACCAGUUUGACUCAAGCUACCACCAACAAAACUGAAAACUCAGACCACACUCAACAGGCCUCUACCAGCAUUACUCCGAAGCCAAAUACCACUAGAUCAGGGAGACGUGUUAUUCCACCCAAAAAGUUAGAUUUGUGA